AAUUUUGGGCGAGGCGGCCCAGUCAGCUCUAGGCCGGGGGAGCCAUGGAGGAAGGCCGUGGCGGUGGCGGUGGCGGGGCCUAUGGGGCGGCCAAGGCGGGAGGCGCCUUCGACCUGUGGCGCUUCCUACAGCAGCCUCAAGUCAUUGCGCGCCUCCUCAGCGCCCUGUUUGCACUCAUAGUUUUCUCCUGUAUCAUUGGUGAAGGCUACACCAACAUUCAUACUGGAGAUGACCUCUACUGCAUCUUUAACCACAACGAGGAUGCUUGUCGUUAUGGCAUUGGCAUUGGCGUUGUUGCCUUCCUGGCCUGUGUAUUUUUCUUCAUGGUGGAUAUUUACUUUCCACAGAUCAGCAAUGUAACUGAUCGCAAGUACCUUGUUAUAGCUGAUUUGGGCUUCUCAGCUCUUUGGACGUUUCUGUGGUUUAUUGGGUUCUGUGUGUUGACAAACCAGUGGGCAUCAACCCAGCCUGGAGCUGUAAGCAUUGGUGCUGAUUCUGCUCGUGCUUCAAUUGCCUUCAGCUUCUUCUCCAUUUUCUCAUGGGGGCUCCUUAUCACCUUUGCCCUCCAACGGUACCGCAUGGGAGUCCAAGAUUUUGACCACAGCUAUGUUGACCCAGCUCCAGGGCCUACACCUCCCUACUCCAGCUACCCCAAUGUCAGCCACGAGAGCUACCAGCAGCCACCCUUCACUCGACCAGUGGAGGACUCAGAGGGCUACCAGCCCCCACCUGUGUACUGAUUGCCACUAGUACUGUUUAAAGCAGAUGACAGGGAAAGCCACAUAAGUGCAAUUAAUUCACUGCUUGGGUUAGGGGAAAGGCCUCUACUGUGAAGUUAGGGUGCCACAGCCUUUUGUGUGGUUUAUAUAUGUGUGUACAAUGGGUUCUGAAUUACUUCUGCUGUCCCCUACCCUCUCCAGGUUCUCACAGAAAAUGCUUUUUGCUUCUCUUGGGGUGUGGAAGGCUUUCUUGCUGACCUGUGUGCCUUGAAAGACUUAACUGUUGCUGAAUCUAUGAAGGAUUCCUGUGUAUUACAAGCUGAACUGCGGUGCCUCUGCUGUUGCAGCUAACUCCCAACAACUGGUCUGACACUGGCUAAAUAUUUUUGUCCAGCACUAGAGGAAACACAUUCCUCCUUUCUACUGUAGAUACCUACAAGGGGAUUCUUGCCUGACCAGUCAAGUAAUGCAGGCCUUUUCUACCAGGUGCCUUGGUAUCCUUAGCUCAUUUUUACUGUUUCCAACCCCAAGGAGGGACUUAGUUCCCAUGGCUCCUAUGGUGCUGCCUUCCUAGACUGAGUCAUGCAGGUGAAGUAGCUUCUUUGUUCUUGCUCCUCAGCUGCAGCUGUGAGAAAUGCCAAAGCCUAGGCCCAAAGGCCUUAAUUUGUAUAUAAAGCUUUGAAUUUAUUGUAUUGCAGAAAAUAGAAAUUUCGUGUGCCUUGUCUGCUGCCCGUUUUAGUCCUGGUUCACAGUGGUAGGGACCAGGCUUUCUGAAGCCCAUAACAAUUGCCUCUGUAAUAAAUAUUCUAACAGAAUUUUGCAGGAGUAGCUGCCAAAUGAAACAGCCAAGGUUAAGGAAGUACCUGGUAUAUUGUUGUAGGAAAUUCACUUGCAGAAAGCUUACACUGCUAUUUUUCCUUAACUGGCUGCAAAACCUUUCAGGGAGAGCUUGCUCUCUAUAUCCUCCUUAUGGUCCCUGCCCAAGGAAGCUGUGGAGAACUGUUUCUGUGUUUGGAAAAACACAGUUGGAAAAUACUGCUGGGUUCAGGAAUGUUUUAAGUGUUUUAGUGUAGAAAUAAAUCUUGUCACUCCCACCA